AAAGCUUCACAACAAAAACCGCCAAGUACUGACCUCCUUUCUAAACUCUUGUUUUUGUUACACAAUUCUGACAAUUAUAUUCACAUUUUAUUUAUAGUGAAAGAGCGCUUAAAACAGAGAAACAAAAUGUCGAAAGCAGCAGGACGCCUAAAAACGAUGAAGAAAACUUUCGACAAAAUCAAUCACAGCAGCAAACUGCGAACAAACAUCCCGGCCGGUAUGGCAGUCGCCGGACCGCCUCUUGGUCCUAUGCUCGGUCAGCGAGGCAUUAAUAUAGCGGCAUUUUGCAAAGACUUCAACGAACGAACAAAAGACAUUAAGGAAGGGAUUCCACUGCCGUGCCGUGUGGCGGUCACAUCCGACCGGGCUUAUGAGCUGACGAUACAUUCACCACCUGCUACGUUCCUGUUGAAGCAAGCUGCCGGAAUUCAGCGCGGUGCCAUGAACCCGGGCAAAGAGAUCGCGGGAAAAAUUACGCGCAAGCAUUUGUAUGAAAUAGCAAAGAUCAAACUGCAAGAUCCGCCAAACGCCCUUCUUACGGCGGAGCAUAUGUGCAAGGCUCUGGUCGGGAUUGCUCGCACGUGUGGAAUCGAAAUCGUUAACGAGCUAGAUCCCGUGGAGUACAAAGAGUUUCUCGAACAUCGACGACAAGUUGUUGAAGAUCAGCGUAAAGAACUUCAGGAAAAGAGAGAAGCGCGAAUGUUACGUGUUGGAUAGAUGGACACUUUAUCUUUAUUAAGCGGUAGAAUAAACGACACUACGUAGAGAAA